GCGGCCAUCACCUCCGCCAUGUACUCCGACGGUGUUCUCACCAUCACAGUGCCCAAACUGGAGAAUGAAGACAAUCAAAGGACUACCAUCAUCCCCAUCAAGAUCGAAGAGACGAAUUCACAGACAAAGGCUUCCAAAACAACAGCUUCACAAAACACAAAUAAACAGGAAAUCAGAUGCGAACACUGCAGCCGGGACGCCAUCUCCAAGAAGGAGACCAACAAAGCAGUCAGUGAAACGUGUGUCAAGAAAGAGAGCGAGUCCUGUGAAUCCGAGACAAGAUCCUCGGCACUAGAUUCCUUCGCUGGACAUAACGUCUUCCCGAUCGUGCGCAGAGGACUCUUCUUCGACGAUUCCUUCUUCCAGGAAAGCUGGAAGGAUUUCCAGAAGGCGGUGAAGGAAGUGCUGAACAAGUGGGGGGAACAGUCCUCCAUUGGCGACGACCUAACGCGCUACAGAAGUCUCCGAAGCCGUGAUUUGAGAGAAGAAAACCAGGCUGUCACUUCCUCGGAGGAUGAACGUCAACACAAGUUCGUUCUUGACGUGAAAGAUUUCAGUGACGGCGGAGAGAUCAGCGUGAAGGCAGUGAACGACAGAGAGUUGGUGGUCGAAGGCCGCAAAGAGAAGCAGGGAGACGGAUCAAGGUGUUCUCAGCGGUUCCUUCGGCGCUUCGUCGUUCCUGGAGACAUCCAACUGGAUGCCGUCACCUCAGUCGUAUCUUCUGACGGCGUGCUCACUAUCUCGGCACCUAAGAAGCAGCCGAAGCUCCAGGUGAGGGAGGUUUCCGUGCCCAUAAGCAUUGAAGGAAAGAAAACUGAUCCUGCCGUCACCGUCAUGCAGAGUGGAAAUCUCAAAUCGAAUGAGGCUUCAACAGGCGCUGUCGCAAAGGAAAAUAAACCGCAAAAUGCCACUCCCGUACCUAGCGCUAUCUCCGCUCCGUCCAAGGUUCCCUCGACAGCCAGUUCGACUCGCGGACACGAGGAAACUUCAUCCUCAAACCAGAAAGGAGAUUCGCAGCAGCACACCACCGUAAUUCCCGUUAAAGUCCAGGGAACAGAAGAGAUUCCAGAGAAGCAGACCUGUUCCCCUUCCAAGACUUCGACAGGAGGUCGAGACGAAGACGCCUCCACCAGAUCCACCUCCUUCGCCGCGAGAGGAAAAGGAAGCGACGCUGAAGAAGGCAACCAGGAAGAUAAGGACCUCUAUAAACUGAAGGGAAGCGGAGCCAAAUUCCCCAUCAAGAUUAACGGAUCUGUGAUUAAUAACAACUCGAUCUAAUAUAAACUGAACAUUCCAGAAGUAAUAAAUAUGAGAAGAAAACAGAAAGAAAACAUUUGUACACAGAACUAAAAGAUAUUUUGUAAUCAAAUAUUUGCGUUUAUAUUGGAAUAAAUUUGUCGUACUUUC